GCCUGUCAGAGUGUGUGCUAAUUAUAGUGGAAUAUGCACAGAACAUUUUUGGCAUGAAAGAGGCUGAAUAAAUAGCUAUUUUACUUAAAAUAGCUGUGCUCUUAUCUCCCUUUGGGUCACAGGUAGCUACAAAAGUUAGUGAUAAAUAUGCCCUCAGGUUUUUAGUGAUAAAAUAACACAUUUCCUGGGAGGUUCCUUAAAAUAUUUCCUACUAUAGGGUAUCAAAACAUUUGAGGGAUAUAAGGUUUUUAGUGAUAAAAUAACACAUUUCCUGGGAGGUUCCUUAAAAUAUUUCCUACUAUAGGGUAUCAAAACAUUUGAGGGAUAUAUGAUACCUCCUCCAAAAAUUUUUUUUUGCAGAAUUGAUGUUCAAGACUAUUUGGCCAGUUGUUGAUGACUUUUCCUAGGUGUACAGGGGCGGUUUAUGGGUUUGUCUAGAUAUGACAGUUAUAGCCUGCAAGAAGCAGCUGUUUGUUGGACCAGAGAAGGUGGGAAGCAGGUGAUUUAGAAGAAUGGUGUGUCCUUUUCAGACUCUGUUGUCUAGGGCUCACCUUGGUGUUUGGUGGUGACCGAAGCAACUCUCCUGAGAAGGAUGAAAGAAUAUUUAUGGUUGUUCCUUAUAUUAAUUCAGUGACUACAGUAAUGUGUAAGUUAAUAACAUACCUUCCUUUUUCCACCAAAACUUGCCUUUUCUCUUUUGGGUGAUUUUAUACCAAGUUGGCAAACAAGGCGCAUCUCUUACAGAAUGACAGCUGCCAGAAAGUGAUGAGUGUCUGCUGAAACGUUUGCUGUCUUCAUACCAGCGCUAGCUUUUUGUGGGCACUUAGGAGUCCUUUGGUUGCCCUUAAGUGUUUUAAGUGCCCUAAAAGUGUCCAAAUUUAAUUUUACCCAAAAUACAGAUUUGGAGUAGGUGACAGCCUUUGAAGGAGCUAUUCAUAGCUUGGGAAAUUAUUGUAAUCUAAAGAAGGGCUUUGUAAUAAUUUUUAGUUAUAUGUUCAAAUAGAAAAAUGUUUUGAAUUUUCACUGAGGAACUAUAAGUGAAAAUACCAUAUUACACGAUCUUAAAUGUAGAAGUGGCUACAGUUUUCAGAUACACAGAACUUUAACGACUUCCCUGUAUAUGUACUGGCUGGCAGCAUCCAUUUCUUUACCUUUCCAGCUGCUUGAGAAUACUCUGUCUAGUUGCUAGGAGGUUGCCACUGGCCACAUUCUGUUUGGAGUAGUAGCGUUAGUGUCAGUUUAGAAGUAGACUAUUUGGGAAAGCAGUGUGCUGAAUCAGCCACUCCUUAAAAUGGAGCAAAGGCCUCUCAAGAAGCUGGUGGAAUCCAUCAGUAAAACUGUCAAGAGCUUCAAGAAAAGUGAGAUUGAAUGUCUCAUACGCCUUUUCUGCAGCUUGGCGGAAAGGCCCAGUGGAAAGCUUGCUAAUGCCAGACUAGACUGCAACACGUUUCGGGGGAUCCUACACAACAUAUUUGGAAUGACUGAUGAUACGUUGAUGAAUAGGGUGUUCUAUGUAUUUGACAAAGACAGUGAUAACUAUAUAAACGCACAAGAGUGGGUUAAAGGACUGUCAGUGUUUCUCCGAGGAACUUUUGAAGAAAAGAUGAAAUUCUGUUUUGAAGUUUAUUAUUUAACUGGAGAUGGUUAUAUUUCCCGGGAAAAGAUUUUUGACAUGUUGAAGAACAGUCUCUCCCAGCAGUCCCCCGAAGAAGAAAAUGAGGAAGGAAUAAGGGAGUUGGUGGAAAUAAGCCUGAAGAAAAUGGAUCAUGACAAUGAUGGCAAGAUCUCUUUUGCAGACUUUGAAAAAGCGGUAAAAAAAGACAGCCUUUUGUUGGAGGCCUUUGGACCAUGUCUACCAGAAGCAAAGGUAGUUACAAAUACUAUACUUAAAGUAGGUGAGAGAAAAAAAUUCAUUAAAAUUAUAUAACGUGUGUGUGU